UUUAAAAUGUCAGCUGUCGUGUUGACAGAUGACGUUUGUUUGACAUCUUUGAAAUAUGAAAUGACCGGAAAGUGUUUUUUGUUUAAUAAAAAAACAUCAUUGUGAACGUUAUUUGUGGAUUUUGCGAGUUUUGAUAACAUGGAUACGGAUGAGCGUGUGCCCCGUGUGGGCGAAAUAAAGAUCCUGGUCAGGCCCGAGUACUAUCUAGCCAAGGUUCGACAAGAACUCGCAAAUGGGAAUAAAGUCGGCGCUAUUGAGCAGUACCUCAAUUAUAUAGACAACUUGAGAACUCCCCAUGACAUGCAAUUGGUAGAACAGAUCAAUUUAACAAAACUAAUCAUGAGUCUCAGCAGUAACGUUGUUGAACAAGUUGCUGGGGUUGACAAUGAAAUUAUUAAAUGCUACCUAACAAUGCUCAAUAGUUUCCCAAACAACGCCAUUCUCCUAAACGCCUUUGGCGUAUAUUUUUUCAGUCAGGGGGAAUACACUGUUGCUAGAUGCUACUUGCAGAAAGCCGCAGCUGAGGGUUACCUACCGGCUGAGAAAAACUUUUUACACGUUAUUUGGCACUUGAUACCAAGAUGGCAUUUUAGGAUGUUGAAUGACCAACAAAGAAACGAAUUUUUCAGGGAUGCAAUCCACAAAGCGCUAGAUUCAGGCUUCAAAAACGUUUACGAUAUAGGGUGUGGGUGCGGCCUUUUGUCUUUAAUAUCGGCAAGCCAUCGUAAAGAUGUUAGGGUAACCGGCAUGGAAGAGAAUAAGAUUUUGUGUGAUAUAGCACAGAACUUGUGCAAGGCAAGGGGCUAUGAAAAUGUCAAUAUAAUCCACUGUAAUUCGAACACAGUAACUGCGCCCCCUGCCCCCUGUAAUCUCGUCGUGACUGAAAUAUUUGAUGCUGCUGUUUUCGGAGAAGACUGUCUGAAAACCAUACACUAUGCACUUGAGCACUUUGUUUCCAAAAAGUUUCGAAUAAUUCCUGCAAGUGCUAAACUUUAUGUCACUGCUUUCGAGAGUCAUGAAUUAACAAGAAAGUUUCGGUACACCGAAUCGUUAAGAGAAUUAAAUCUUGAAAAUAUUUGUUUAGUUGAAAUUGAUCCUGAGCCCUAUGAUGCUGAGUACUUGAACAAAAGACCGAUCAAGUACAUGUCUGAUACAAAGACUUUUCUGGAAGUUAAUUUCUAUAAUAAGAAGCAAUUGAGCGCUUUAUUGACACCUGACAGUGACUGUAUUAACGAAAUCGAGUUAGUUUGCACCGAGAAGGGCACAAUUCACGCGUUAGCCAUUUGGUUUGAUCUUCGUUUAGAUGAAGAAAUCACAAUUUCAACAAAUCCAUUCAAUUCAAACGUCAAGUGUUGGGAGCAAGGUGUUGUCCAUUUGGAUCACCCAAUUGAAGUGGCUUCUGGUGAUAUUCUUAGACUCAAACCGCGAAUAGUGGAGGGUCAAAUCCAUUUCGACGUUUUAAGCCACGAUAAUCCGUGUGAGCAGUGUUUUGAAGUCAGUAAGGAAAUUAUAUCGUUCCUCAACGACACUAAACUAGUCCAGACUGUUAUCAAAGCUGCAGAUAGUUACGAAAAUUGUGAUGUAAGAGUAAUAGAUUUCAAUGUUUUUCCCUUGUUUGGUUUUCUAAUGGCGAAAAAAGGGGCCACAGUCUAUCACGUGUACAACGACGAGAGCGACUUGAGUUUAUUCAACCAUGUGAUGAGUCUCAACCAACUCUCGAAUUACAAAUUCAUCUUUAUUUACCAUCGUGCCGUGGAGGACUACAUGGUGUUUUUGGAGCCUCCUAAUAUCGUUUUCUUCGAUUUGGUAAAAACCGACGGUUCUUGGAACAAACAGGAGUUUUCGCUUGAAACUGAAGCAAAACUAAAUUGUGAAUCUUUACCGAAAAAAGUUUUUCUCUACGCUCAACUCAUCAGCUCGAAUUAUUUAACCAUUUGCAACAAAGUUGACGACAACAAGGCUCUGAAUUUUAAUAUAGCGGACAAAAUUAAUGAUUUUUCGGGUAAUGAACAUCCAAAUCUUGAAUCUCUUGAACAUGAGAAACAUUCUUCUGUGGUCUCUUUCGAUAUAAGCGAUAUGUACAAGUUUGAUUUUCACAUGGAAGCCGAUGUGAUUAAGGAUGGUUCCUGUAAUGGGAUUCUCUACUGGUUUGAUAUACAAUUUACUGAUGAUGAAAACAACGUAUUUAAUACUUUAAACAGUACGCAUUAUGAUAGGGCCUGCACACUUCUUCUCAAUAACCCGAAAAUAGUUAAAACUGGAGAAAAAGUGAUGAUUCACAUUAUGAGACUCGAAGGAUAUUUAAAACUGUAUUGUGAUUAAUUGUCUUUGUUUAAUGUGUACAAGAAACUGUGAUGUUUAGCUGUAAUUCGUUUCAAAGUAGUAUUUUGUAUUCCCAUUAGGUUUUUAUGCAAGAAUACGCAAAUUCGUAACAGGUUUUUUUUAUUUAAAAUCGGUCUCAGGGUAAAAGAAUAUGUAAAAAAAUUUGCAUAAUUACCUAGUUAGUGCAUAAAUGUGUCAUGUAAUUGUUUUUACUAAGAGACUAUCACAGUCUUUUUUAUUAAGUGCUGCUCCCCUCAUACCCAUGUAUAAUUGUAAUUAAAUUUUACCCAAGAUUUACAA